CGCUGUAUCUGAAAGGUGCGAUUUUCUGCUAAAUUAAGUUUGUACGUGAGCGGUUACACAGCUUUCGAUACCUCUUAUUCGGAGCAGUAUAAGUACCUGAGUCUCAGUGAGUUUAUGGUAGUCCUUCAAGCUUCAAGACAAUUGCACACAUUGCAUCAGAAACAACGUGCUUAACUUAACCCGUCUCAGUAUGGUUCGUGAAGGUUUAGCUGAAUAUAGUGUCUUUUAACGUUGUCAGUCCCGAGCGUCUUCUUUCUUACUCACUUCCAUUUAUUUCCACCCACUUACACCCAACCGCGGUGGUAUCGGCUUAGCUGGAUGGACGAAGGAGAGUUAGUUGAGUACUUCAGGAGGCAGAUGAGCCAGGACCCUGAUGUGGCCUCUGCAGUGGCUGCUAUCCGUUCCCUGUUGGAGUUUCUGAAGAGAGACUGCAGUGAGACCAUCCUGGGCCUGAGGGAGAACCUGAAGGAUGCGAUUGGUCGCCUGGAGGAGGCAGACUCCUCUGUCGCUGUGUCAUCAGGAGGAGAACUCUUCCUGAGGUUCAUCAGCCUCACCUCCCUGGAACAUCCAGAUCUGUCACAGUGCAAGAGUGUGAUGGUAGAAAGAGGUGAACUCUUCUUGAAGAAAAUUUCUCUCUCCAGGGGAAAAGUCGCCAAACUCUGCCACACGUUUAUUAAAGAUGGAGCUAAAAUUCUGACCCAUGCAUCGUCCAGAGUGGUACUGAAGGUCUUGGAAAACGCAGCCGCUGAUAAGAAACGUUUCACUGUCUACGUCACAGAGUCACAGCCGGACUCUGCCGGUCGACUAAUGGCUGAUAAACUACGGAAGCUCAACAUUCCAGUCACCGUGGUUCUCGAUGCUGCAGUUGGAUACAUCAUGGAGAAGGUUGACCUGGUGAUUGUUGGAGCUGAAGGAGUUGUGGAGAGUGGUGGCAUCAUUAAUAAGAUUGGCACCUAUCAGAUGGCAGUUUGCUCUAAAGCCCAUAACAAGCCUUUCUACGUGGUGGCUGAGAGUUUUAAGUUUGUGCGACUGUACCCUCUGAACCAGCAGGACGUCCCCAAACGCUUUAAGUACAAAGCCGACACUCUGAAAACCGCUGAAGAUUUGAACCAGGAGCACCCCAUGGUGGACUACACCCCCCCUUCACUCAUCACGCUGCUCUUCACAGACCUGGGCGUCCUCACCCCGUCAGCCGUGAGCGACGAGCUCAUCAAGCUCUAUUUGUGAGGCACUGGAGGACCACUCACCACUACCCACCAUCCAAUCAACAUCCAUCUGGCCAAUCAAAUCAGCGCCUCACUGACCUUGAUUCCAAUGAAUCAAACCUCGUUUUAUUUAAAUGAGCUUCAGUAAUUUCAGAACAACAGUCAGUGAGUUUUCUGUACACUCUGCAAACUGUCCUGCACUUGGUCUGCUCAGGAAAGACUCAGUUUUACAUUAAAUUCUCAUUUGACAUGGACUCUGUCUGUGUGACUUGUGUAUCUUUAUACUUCACCAAAGUGACUGUGUGAACCAUUUUCCCAAACUGGCAGAUUUCCUGACACUCUGAGUUUCCACCAACAUUAUCAGAAUCCGCUCAGAUCUGAACCCUGAAAAAUCUGUCUGUAUUCCAACACACACAAACACUUUUCAUGGCUUUUCACAGUCUCUCCCUGACUAACAGAAAUGUGGGCAGCUUCACCCGUGGGGCCACGAGUUCAUUCAUCCUCUUCACUUCUCUCUUGAUCACAAGAUCAUACUGCUGUUGUCUGAAUGCUGUAUAAACGUUGUCUAAAUGUUACAUGUGUUAAACUGAAAGUGCUGAGAUGUUUCAUAAAGACAGUGGA